GCCAUAAACAAAGAAGGUGCAAAAACGUGUGUGUUCUAAGCAAACGGGCAACAAAAUGAAACGUGGAAACGAAGAUGCUAGCGACGGCACUAAUGAGGAGCAAGUACCGAACGAACAGGACGGAUCGAACGAUGAGCAGAUUUCGAAAAACAAUGCUCAAACCGAGGAUUCAUCAGAUUCUAGCACAAAGUCCUCCGUUAAGCGGAUGCGCUCCGAGGAACAGGAGAUUCGGUUGCUGAUUCCGAGCAAGAUGGCUGGAGCUAUCAUAGGAAAAGGCGGCCAUAAUAUACAAAAGCUGCGAACAGAGUAUCAAGCCCAAGUGAAUGUAGGCGACUGUACUGGCCCCGAACGUGUUCUUACAAUUGGUGGCGAUAUGGAGACAGUUACAAAAGUAGUGAAAGAUGUAAUGAAGCAUCUUGAUCGGGCUGGAGAUAAUGAAUUCGAACUGAGAAUACUGAUUCAUCUAAGUCUGGCCGGAUGCGUCAUCGGGCGUGGUGGAAGCAAAAUAAAGGAGAUCAAGGAUGAAAUAGGAUGUCGUUUGAAGAUCUUCUCAAACAUCCCACCGCAAAGCACAGACCGCAUUGCUCAAGUGAUAGGCAGCGAGGAACAGUGUCUGAAGACGCUGAACGAGAUCAUCAAGCUGAUCAAGGGCACGCCGAUUAAGGGGCCGGUGCAUAACUAUGACCCGCACAACUACGACGAUUUGUACGCCGACGAGUACGGUGGCUACGGUGUCGGCGGAGGUGGUGGCGGUAGCGGAGGCUUCCGUAAUGGCGGUGGCGGUCGUGGAAACGCCACCGGUGCCGCACCUGGUAGCGGAUACGAUCGUCGAGGUGGAGGCGGAGGUGAUCGGUUUGAUGACCGUGGACGUGCCAAUCGUGGCUACGAUCGAGGAAACGAUCGUGCGAACCGUGGAGCUGCAGCGGGAGCUGGAGGUGGCGGUGGUGGUGGAAUGAGGGACAGAGAUUACAUCAAUCCUUGGGCUAAUCCCAUCAAUGGAAACAACAUGGGAGGAAGCUUCGGUGGGGGAAACAGUCUGGCAUUGGGAAGCCUCGGUAGUCUGAACCUAGGUGGUGCAGGAGGUAACUUGGGAAACGGAAGCCUUGGCAACUUUGGCGGCGGGAACAAUGGUGCUAUGGAUAACAAAACCUCCACACAGGUCACAAUUCCCAAAGAUUUGGCUGGGGCUAUCAUUGGCAAGGAAGGUGGCCGAAUACGUCGUAUUCGGAAUAAGUCUAACGCUUUUAUACGGAUAGACGAAGCCUUACCAGGAUCGAAUGAUCGUAUCAUCACGAUCACCGGCACGCCGAACGAAAUUCAAGCUGCUCAAUACAUGCUACAACAAAGUGUUCGUGAGAACCUCAGUGGCACGGGAUCAGUCGGCUUCAAUCGUAAUUAAGACCCACAAGCAUUGCAUAGCACGUUAAAGUGCCGCUGUUUCCUAGAACAGUGGUCCCACAAAGGAGAAAAGGAAGGGCGUGUGCUUGUAUUAAUAAACGAAAUGAAAUAAAUUUUGUGAGUGCGUGGAGUGUAAUUGGAAUUUUCACAACAAAAAAAAACAUAGAAUGGUAGGACGAAAAUAGCCUAGUCUCCUUCCUUGGAUCAUCAAUCAGCAGAGCUAGUAGAAGGCGUGCAGCAAUACGUUUUCUUUUGUUGAAUGCUGUUUUUACAAGUAGCGAGAGGAGCGAUCACUGUGGUUGAGCCUUUUAUAGAAAUGGAGCUGAUAUGUCGAUCGCUAGAAUGGAUAUUGGCAAGAUUUAGCAUUUGUAUUAAUCUCGACAGAUUGGCUAUUGUUGCAUGUUUUACUUUCUGAAAUAACAAUAACCCCAUCAUCGGGUAUUCCUAUUAUAGCAAAAACCAUUGCCGGAAACCCAUGAUGUCAGCCAUUGAUGUAGGGAAUAGGAUUACACAUAACUUGGUCAUUUAAUAUCGUUUAGCAUCAUUCCUUCAAGCUAUCACACCUCUUGACACACAGCUUCAUGUUGUCCAAGUAUAAACCUUGAUCAAAACGAUUAUGCGACCCGCGAAGAACAUAAGUAGGUUUUUGCUAGUGCAUCACUAGAGGACCAUUAGGUUGGUUCCAAGUUAAUUAUAAAACGGGCAUUUUUCUUACGUUUAGUGGAGCAGUUAUUCUACAAUCAAAGCGCGGCAGGGUAGCUAGAUUAGUUUUAUGUUCAUCUUCAAUCCCAGAUAGUGGUGUGCAGUCAGGUUUUUGGUUAUGAGUUAUGUUCAGCGACAAAGAUUGACUAUUGGUGCAUAGGGGGGAAAUUAAGGCACAACGGUGAAAUCUGACAGAAAACAACUAUGAAAUGCGACAAAUGCGUAAUUUCCAGUAAUCUCAUGAAUUUAAUAAAACCAAAUUAAAACAACCGCAAAAGCUAGGGAUACUGUUUGUCCCCCGACAUUCGUUCCACCCACACACUAUGCAUUGCGUUCGAAAAAUAAAUUCGAUUACAAACAAGCAUACACAACACAAUACGCCAAACACCCUCUUAAAACUAUCAGUACGUGAAUGUCCUUUGUUUUUAGUGUAGUAAUGGAGUGUCGUGAUCGCGGUGACCCACAGUGCAUUUUGACCUAUUGAUCUAACUUCCAUUUACGUUAAGGUACUACGAUAAACAAACCAUAUAAUCAACCAUCCAACCAGCCAUCCAAUGAACCAAACUUAAGACACACACGUGCGUACAGUUACAAAACCCGCGAAAAGCGCUUAACCGCUCAGCGACAUGAAUUAGUAACCCUUAAAUAUUCUACGAU